GGAUAAUGGCGCAACUCGAAUUACGAUGCAGAGAGAAAAUGUAAACAAACGCCAAGUCUUUGAAUGGCCGUAACCAUCCUUAACCUCUGUCGAUCACGAUAAUGGUCUUACAGUAUGAAGGUCUGGCGUUUGAACACACGGCUUUUGAGGGCUUUAUUAUUUUGCCUUGUGUUUGUCAUGUUUAUUAGCUAUUGCCUAAUGCCAAAAAGGAAGAAAGACAACGAAAAUCAAACGGUUUCAAGCACGCUUUAUGAUUUGGAAAUUUCAAUCAACAAACGACACGAGGCCGCCGCCACGCAGAAACUUAAUACAAAAAAAUUAUCUUCCACAACACCCAAACGUGCAAAUAUGAUAAUGCAUGUGGCAUCAGUCAUUUGUGGAAAUCGUCUGGAAGAAGGACUCACAAUGAUAAAAUCCGCAUUGAUCUUCACCAAACAACGUAUUCAUUUUCACAUCGUUUCUGAACUUGAAUUACAAGACAAAGUCAGGCAUGGAAUAGGGAACUUUCUGGCACGUUCAGAAAAUUUUGAAUUUACAAUUUAUAACUUAUCGUUUCCUGAGGGGAAAAACAUGCAAUGGAAGACUUUGUUUAAGACAUGCGCUUCUCAACGAUUGUUUUUGAUGAACUUUUUGAUGCAAAAGAAAAUUCUUUAUCUGGAUACCGACACUCUGGUUUUAAGUCCUCUGGAGAAGAUUUGGGAUCAUUUUAGUCAAUUCAACAACAGUCAUAUAUCUGCGAUGACAAAUGAAGCAGAGGUCAAAACACUAGAUUGGUAUCCUCGUUUUGCUAGACAUCCUUUUUAUGGAAAAUUUGGUUUGAACUCAGGGGCAAUGCUGAUGGAUCUAAACAGCUUAAGAAAAUUAGACUUUACCACGGAGAUAGUUGAGAUGUAUAAAAUGAACAGAUAUAACAUUGUGUGGGGAGAUCAAGAUUUAUUGAACAUCUACUUCAAUAAAUAUCCAGAGCGUGUUUAUGUCUACUCCUGUGAAUGGAAUUAUCGACCAGAUCAUUGCAUGUACGGGAACAACUGCGAGACCGCUGUGCAAAAUGGUAUAUACGUUCUUCAUGGAAACCGGGGGGUGUUUCACAACACCAAACAUGAAACAUUCAAGGCGAUAUACGAAACAAUUAAACGUUACAAAUUUGGCCAAGAUAUUCGCACGGAAAUAGCAGAGAAAAUUUUGAAUCUUGAAUAUCAAAAAGUGGAAGAUAAAUACUGUAAGUAUAUUGUCAAUUAUGUGGUGAAGAAUAUGCAAAGAAACAACGCUUUGAGUUACGGAGAUGUGUAAACUUUACACAGACAGAAUGUUGACGAGGCCUGAAUUCAUAACAAUAUCACACUUUAUAUGUCAAGAAUUGACAGGAACAGAUCUAAUACAUGGAAAAUGGUAGACAACAAUUAACUGUCUUGAGCUUGGGAUAAAAAUUGACAUGAACAGAUCUAAUGGAAGAUUGUCAACGAGACUUAACUCUAUAUCACCUUACUCCUGUUUGGUGUAAAAAAUUCGGGAACAAAAACAAAAACAUAUUUGGUCGACACAACGUAAAAACGUAAUGUAAACUUUAGUUAACUAACGUAUCAUGAUGGAGGCAUGUAGCAUCAGUUGAACUGGUUAUUUAUGUUUAUUGAAAUCAUUUAAACACAAAAAUAUCGAUUAAAUGCAUGCGAAAUUUA